AUUACACCAGAACAUUUUGGUCUGAUGGGGAGCAUCUUUGCGGAUUUCCACGAAGCCCAGCGGGUAGGGUAUGGCCCGCUGCUCGCAUCCUGUCUAGCUCCCAUCGACACAGAACGGGACCCCCGUCGACUCGAGUCAUUCGCGCAGAUAUCAAACUAUCAGACGGUCUCGGCGGAUGUACGCUAUCACAUCAUCCAAGACCGCAAUGCUGCCAAAUUGCCCAAGGCCGAAGCGAAUGCUUGGGUUGACAUCUUCGUUGCUCUAUGGAAAUGUGUCAAAGAACUUGUCGCGCUACGGCAAGGCGCCGGCACCGGCGACUGGUCCAAGGCAUUUGAUGCCUACAGAGAGUUGUGCAAUCACCUGGUUAGAGGAUACACCAACUUUGGAUUCCAGGCCUGGACUGUUCCGUGCCUCAGCGUUGCCGGGAAAUAUCUCCGCAUGAUAGCCAUGAGAGCAGACAGCGAGACCAAGGCCAAAGAAGGAAAUGGAGAUGUCUUUGCGAGUGGCUUCUCCGACGAUAUCAUGGGCGACACAAACAAGAACGAGAAAUUGGAGCAGGCCGCCUGGACCAUCAACCGAAUGUUCACGAUAUGCUUGAGUGACCGAGCCGAGGAGAGUGAGUCACGCAGAUGGGGCAUUUACAGCACCACCAACCUGCUCUUCAAGACAUACUUCAAACUCAAUUCGGUCUCGCUUACAAAAAAUGUCAUUCGUGCUCUGGAAGCCGCAGCAGAUGACAUCCCCAAUCUGGCGCGAUUCCCCAAAUCCCACCAAUGCACAUUCAAGUAUUACCGGGGAGUCAUUGAGUUCCUGCAGGAGAACUACGUCGACGCGGAGCAGAAUCUGAUGGAGGCAUUUCAACUGUGUCACAAGGAUUCCAUGAAGAACCAAGAGCAGAUCCUGACUUACCUAGUCCCAGCACACAUCAUCAACCACCACCAACUUCCCAGAAACGCCCUGUUGGCUCCUUAUCCAACUCUGGCAAAGAUCUUCACGCCACUAUUCACUGCCAUUCGCGCCGGCUCACUCGCCGCUUUCGACGAUGCUCUUUCUGAAGCUGAAUCAGAAUUAGUCAGACGACGUAUCUAUCUCACUCUUGAGCGCACCCGUGGUCUCUGCCUGCGCAACCUGUUCCGGAAAGUCUUCCUGGCAGCAGGCUGGGAGGAUACCAAGGACGCAACGACUGGCGAGGUGACAGGCAAAAUCCGUCGCACAAGGAUCCGUAUCGAAGAAUUCGAGGCCGGAAUGCGCGUGAGUUAUAAGGGUGGCACGGACGUGUUGGUUGAUAGGGACGAGGUUGAGUGUUUCCUGGCCAAUAUGAUCUAUAAGAACAUGAUGAAAGGUUACAUUGCUCGCGACCGUGGCAUCGUCGUACUCAGUAAGGCUGGUGCCUUUCCUGGUACAGGUGUCUGAAUGGAAGAAACACAUGCCAGAGUAACACUUACUCACUGUUUGAGGCUACAUCUGGCGAACUUGAGGCUCGUCUACGCGAUGGACAAAUUCACACAACCAUUACAUCCCUGCCCAACGCUAUUGGAGGGCUGGAUCAUCCCAACGAAGCACUCUUAUCUGCUACGGUGCUGAGUUUAAGUCACAUUUAUAGCAAACAGCUUCUUUCAAAAGGGUCCAGUCUCGAUCUGAACACGGCAAGCAUGUCACCGAAAAUGCAGUCAAAGAGCCACACCCACACACAGUUUAGGCCGCUGCAUCUACUUCAAGGCGGCCACCGGGUUGACCUUUUGAUGGCUAGAAUGACUGGUUCACGAUGUUCCUCAGGUGUCGAGCCGCCUCUUCGGCAAGGCAGAUCGAAUCCAAGCCAGCAGGCAGCGCCGCUCGCGCUAGCUGCUUCCGGCAACAACCAAUGGUGGAGCUGACCUUGGUCGAAGGAUGCUGGUCGACGCUCUGCUGAGCAACCUUGUCUGAAUAUCCACACCUCCAUCUUCCCAGGAGAGUGCAACGGAUCACACUGGAAUCGAAAGCAACGGGUCCCAGCGAGAGGGGAGGAGGGAACGGUUGAUCCGCACAUGGAAGCAUGCCCAUCUUCUGGCCCAUCGCGUCACGCAGCUGGAUAACUCUCACAAUGGAGGCUGAAGGUGGGAACGUGUGAGUCGAGGUGUGGAUGUGAUCAGGCAAAGUGACCACCAGAGGAAGUAUUGGUGCGGUGCUUUGACCCGCUUUUUCUCGAGUUUGGGGAGAACGAGUCAAAGUGCCCCGUUAUCACUGCAUACAAACACAGCGCAAAUAUGGGUACAAGGAGCUCGGUACAGCUGGGUAUGAUUCGAGCUUUCAAGGGUCCAAGCUCCAACAAACUCAAAUUCACCUUCUCCCCCUUUGUCAGCCUCUCGUUGCCUUGAGCCAGGCACCGCGGCCUGCAUUAGCGAGACCAGGGCCUGGAUGGGCAGCGGACCGACCGACCAGGAAACCGGGGCUUUUCGGCCAGGAAACGACUCGGCUGGCUGCCUUUGCGCUAUAAGGUGCCGGAUAUCUACGUGAGGGAAUGCUGCGAGAAAUCAACCAAUAGACCUCCAACUGGCCGAAAAUGUCGGAGAAUGAGGCAAGUCGGAUCGCUGUGCCCGGCAUCUUCAUGCUUUCUUUGGGGGAUUAAGGCCAAAAAGUGCUCGAAGAAACGGCUGCUAUCUAUAGUCAGGAUUAAGGGUCUCUACAGCUUCUGGAAGAAAUCAAUUCCAUUGCGUUAAUUUUCUCUCUAGACGAAGCAUUCAUACGCUGCA